UACCACAAAAAAUCCUCUCUCUCUUUCAAUUCUUCUAAUUUCUCGCGAUCUUCAGUUCCACCAUCUUCUCUCAUUUGUGCUCUCUUCACUAACUCGGGGGCUUGACUCGCCGGGUCACCGGUCGCAAUGACUCGGCGUUGCUCUCACUGCAGCAACAAUGGCCACAACUCCCGCACCUGCCCCUCCCGCGGCGGUAGAGUCGGCAGUGGUGCCCUUUCCAGCGGCGGCUGUGGUGGUGGUGUGAAGCUCUUUGGGGUUAGGCUCACCGAUGGGUCUUUCAUCAAGAAAAGCGCUAGCAUGGGUAACCUCUCUGCACAUUACCAUAGUUCUUCUUCCGCCGCCGCCUCGCCGAAUCCUGACUCCCCUAACUCCGACGCUGUUCAUGAUACCGAUGGCUUUCUUUCCGACGAUCCUUCCCAUGCAACCUGCUCUGCUAAUCGAGGGGCUGAAAGGAAGAAAGGUGUUCCAUGGACAGAGGAGGAGCAUCGAUUAUUCUUAUUUGGUCUUCAGAAACUGGGGAAAGGAGACUGGCGCGGGAUUUCUCGAAAUUUUGUUAUUACAAGGACUCCAACUCAGGUGGCAAGCCAUGCCCAGAAGUAUUUCAUUCGGCUGAGUAACGCAACAAGAAGAAAGCGUAGGUCAAGCCUUUUCGACAUGGUUCCAGAGACGGAAACUGAUCUGCUGCGUGCGCCAGAAGAUGAAGUUUUACAUGGUUAUCAGGCAAAAGAAACAGAGAACACUGGUUCACAACCUUCACUAAAUCUCUCACUUAACUCAGAGUUCCAUAUCAUGGAAACUGCAGUUGAAGAAAAUGGUAAAGAACUUGAUGAACCCAAGAUGGAAGUUGCUGGUUUCCCGCCUAUGAUACCGGGAUACAUCUCGGCUUACGUGCCUGUUCCUUUUUCUAUUUGGGCACCAAGUACAGUCCCAAUUGAAGAAGAAAAGGGUGUAGAAAUGUGUCAUCAUGAGGUACUAAAGCCAAUUCCAGUUGUGCCAAAGGAACCUGUCAACGUUGAUGAACUAGUCGGCAUGUCUCAACUCACUCUACGAGAGCACGAAAGGGAGCAUAAAGAGCCUUCACCUCUGACCUUAAAAUUGAUAAGCGAACCCUCAAGACGACUGUCAGCAUUUCAUCCAAAUGCUCGAGUCAGUCGUUCGGAGUUAAACAAGGACGACAAUGACACAAACAAAGCUCUUUGAAACAAGAAGGGAGGCGUCUUAUUAUGCAUCGUGAGAUUUCCUUGAAAAAUUACACCCCUAAUUAGUUUUGUCUUUCAUAGAAAGUUUGGUAGUGUGGAUGUUUUAAUGAUAAUGUAGGCCAGAGAAAGUUCUUAAAGUAUAUGUAUUCUUUGUAACUGUAACAGGUAGAUAUUGUAAUAAAUAUAUUAAUAAGGAGAUCCUAACUUGAUUUCGUGGAUAA